ACAUACGACCAUAGGAUGUUGAAAACAAGGCUUCCCGUUCGCUCAGCCCUAUUUAAGCAACGUACCGGCAGAUCAGUAGUUAGGUGGGUGACCACUAGCGAAUACCUGCUGUUGUAUGUUUUUGCUUUCUUUUUGCGUCUGGAAGGAAGUAGAUCUCACAUCUCGUUGCCAUCCCUCUCGAUAUCUCUUUUGAAUUCUGGUCGCAAUGGGAAAUGGCCAGCGUCAGGGAGAACACAUCCCUUUGCAACACAGAGUCGAGUUCCUCAAUCCUUUUGA